GAUCACAGGCAGGUAAACGAAACCUUCUGCCAUAUGGUAAAUUUUUCGUUUGCCGCAUACACAUUGUUUUGUUAUCUUUCAAGAACGCGUGAACAAUUUCAGGAAUAUUGAACAAAUUUUUAGAAAAGUUUAUUGAAAAUCUAUUUGAAGCCAAAGCCGCAUUAAUUUAUUUGAGGAAAAAUGGAUGAUGAGGCUGAAACGUAUAAAUUGUGGCGAAUACGUAAAACUAUUAUGCAGUUAAGUCAUGAUCGCGGUUACUUAGUAACCCAAGAUGAGUUAGAUCAGACGCUUGAACAAUUCAAAGAAAUGUUCGGUGAUAAGCCAAGUGAAAAAAGGCCAGCACGAUCAGAUCUAAUUGUUUUGGUUGCUCAUAACGAUGAUCCCACCGAUCAAAUGUUUGUAUUCUUUCCGGAUGAGCCAAAAAUCGGUAUUAAAACCAUUAAAACAUACUGCACGCGCAUGCAGGAAGAGAACAUCCAUCGUGCCAUCGUAGUUGUGCAAGCCGGCAUGACGCCAUCCGCUAAACAAAGCCUUGUGGACAUGGCACCGAAAUAUAUAUUGGAACAGUUUUUGGAAUCGGAAUUACUUAUUAACAUAACAGAGCAUGAAUUGGUUCCCGAACAUGUUGUUAUGACUCCAGAGGAAAAGCAGGAAUUGCUAGCCCGUUAUAAACUUAAAGAAAAUAUGUUAAUGCGUAUACAGGCCGGUGAUCCAGUGGCUAGAUAUUUUGGACUAAAACGAGGCCAAGUGGUGAAGAUUAUACGUCCAUCAGAGACAGCCGGACGUUAUAUAUCGUAUCGUUUAGUAUGUUAAAUGAUACAAAGAAAUUCCAUUUUAAGCCUUUUCUAAUUACAUUACUAUAAUAUAAAAUUAAUCUAUAAAAAUUAUUAAAAAAGUUGCUUCUUUUUUCUAGAUUUGGUCGUGCACUAAGGAUUAAGAGAAACAAAUUGAGAAAUUUCUUAGGAGGGCCAGAUAAGGAAGGUUGGGAAUUAUAAAACUUUUUAGUUAUCAAUGUUAGCCAUUGUAGCAUUGUAGCCUUCGGAUUAUCGAUACACCCUGAAUAGCCGCCCAAUUUUGUUUUAUAGAUUUUCAAAACCCAAGAAAUAGUAUUGUGCACUCAGUCAGACUAUUACGUCUUCGAUCCUUUCAGCGUACCACAAACGUAGGCAAAUUUGGAUGGAUUCGAGUAGAAGCUAACUACAUAAUAAAGAAGUCCAUGAGCAAACGACUUUCGAUAGCUUCUUCAAGAAGAAAGCCCUGCCAAGGGGACAAGGAAAAGGACGCCAGAAUUGGUUUAUCUAUGAAAUCUCUUUUUACUUUGUAGCAAACGUUUUAGGUGACGAACAGACAAAUGUAUGUAGUUGGAAUUCGAUUCAUGCGCAAAUCAUAUGUGUACACUUAGUAGCCGAUAUAAAGGCCUCCACUCUAUUCUUAAUUCUAUAUUUACAUGGGCUAGCUUCCUUUACACGGUCUUUAGGUUAAUAUUCGGGAUAUAUACAACUAUAGAAGUACAAUAUCUAUGUCGUCAAAUUACAAAGAACCCAAUACAAACGUCACACAGCUAGUUUCAUUAUUACACGGUAUAUGUUUUUGCACGGUGUUGGACUAACAUGAUUAUUUUUUUGAGAUAUUUGAGAAGAAAUAUGUUUUGCUUGCA